AUAUGUUGUUGUUAAUGGGUAGCGUGAUUGGUUGUGAGUCGUAGUGGUUUUGUUGUGGGUGUGAAUGAUGGCUGAAAGUAGUUUCAGCCUGUACAAUGAAAAGUAUUUCAAAAAUGACCUUCGACUGUAACGCGGAAAUUACAAUUACUGUUACAUAAGUUUUCAAACGCUGAAGCAAUGACGUCUUCCUGUGUUUAUACCAUGUUACACGCAGCUAUCUUGGCUUACCUGCACAUCGCAGUUACCAAUGGGCUCGAAUGCUAUUGUGACAUUUGUCUUGAGACUGACUACAAAUGUGUAACAGAUGGCUACUGCUUUACGUCUAUCUUCAUGGAUAAAAAUACAGGGUCCACGGAAUUACAGUACAGGUGCCUGGAUAGUAAUUUUCCUCCUGAAAAUCCCAUCGCUUGUCAUUACUCCAACAAACUUAAUGACACUUUUGUCGUAGAAUGUUGUAAGCAAUCUGAUAUGUGUAACAGAGAUUUGAAACCAACUCUCAAUAACAACAAAGAAACAGCAGACCAACACGUACUUCGAGGACCUGUGAUGGGAAAGUGGGAACUAGCAAUAGUAAUUGCAGGCCCAAUUGUAAUAUUCUGUUUUCUAUCAGUAAUGGCCUACUGUUUCUGGAAUCACCAGAAGCGGAGACUACAUCAACUUAGGUACCAUCCAGAUGAUUCAAUUGAAGCUCCUGAUCAUCCUAUUCUGGGAGGUGUAUCAUUGAGAGAUAUGAUUGAGAUGACCACUAGUGGUUCUGGUUCAGGUCUGCCUCUUCUUGUCCAACGCAGUAUAGCAAGACAGAUUCAGCUGGUUGAAAUUAUCGGUAAAGGACGCUUUGGAGAAGUGUGGAGGGGUCGAUGGCGGGGAGAAAAUGUUGCAGUAAAAAUUUUUUCAUCUCGGGAGGAAAGGUCAUGGUUUCGGGAAGCAGAAAUUUAUCAGACAGUUAUGCUGAGACACGACAAUAUUUUGGGUUUCAUAGCAGCAGACAAUAAAGACAAUGGAACAUGGACACAGCUGUGGCUCAUAACAGAUUAUCAUGAAAAUGGCUCCCUUUUUGACUACUUGAAUAGGUGCACUGUGGACACAGCUGGCAUGAUCCGAAUGUCCCUUUCCAUAGCAACAGGUCUAGCUCACUUGCAUAUGGACAUUGUUGGAACACAAGGGAAACCUGCUAUAGCACAUCGUGAUCUCAAAACUAAAAAUAUCCUAGUAAAAUCCAAUGGAACUUGUGCUAUAGGAGACUUAGGUCUCGCUGUUAGACAUGAUGUGGCCACAGAUACUGUGGAUAUACCCCUUAACAACCGUGUUGGCACGAAACGCUACAUGGCACCUGAGGUACUUGAUGAACUAAUAAAUACAAACCACUUUGAUUCCUUCAAACGAGCUGAUGUCUAUGCUUUGGGGCUGAUAUUCUGGGAAAUAGCAAGGAGGUGUAAUGUUGGGGGCAUCUAUGAUGAAUAUCAGUUGCCAUUUUAUGACAUGGUACCUUCAGACCCAACUAUUGAAGAAAUGAGGAAGGUUGUAUGCAUUGAUCGACAAAGGCCGUCCAUACCAAACAGAUGGCAGUCAAAUGAGGCAUUGCAUGUCAUGUCAAAACUUAUGAAAGAAUGUUGGUAUCACAACGCAGCUGCUCGCCUGACUGCCUUGCGGAUCAAAAAAACUCUUGCCAAUCUUGGUGUGUCUGAAGAUCUCAAAAUUUAGGUCUUGUUACAAAUCAGUAUGUCUCAAGGCAAACUUUUAUAUGUUUAAUGUGUGGAGUGUGUCACAUUGCUCUUGCUCAGAGGAGCGCCCUUCUAAAAGCAGCUUCAACAAUUUUACAAAUGACCAUAUUUCCGCUAGUCAUUUUUUUAUAUACAUGUAAAUUUGAUGAACUUUGUGUCAUCAGAAGAUGAUGUAGUGAAUGAUUCUUUUUAGCCCUUCAACAAGUUUUGUUAAAAUUUAUUUAAGACAGAUGUUUUUUUCGUAUAGUGUUUUACCUAUGAGUGCAUAGAAUUAUAAAAAUGUAGUUUUACUUUUGCACAGUGAUAUUUUCCACUGUAUCAUAAUUCCAGCACUAUGGAGUUUGAAAGUUCAUCUCAAGGACAUCGCAACCAACUCUAGAUUAAUAAUUGUUUAUGAUAAUUUUAGCAGCUUAUCAUGUGAGAUUAAUUAGGAAACCUAAGUGUCUUGAUAUUUUGUUUGCUGUGUCACAUACUGUCUUAUUGUUUAAAUGGUGCUUUUUCUCUAUUACACAUUAUCAGCCGACUGGUAAUAUUUCCUCUAGUUGCAUCAAUUUAUGUUAUGAAAAAGUGGCGUAUUCGUGCCUGUCGAGACAUAAGGUAGAAAUCAGAGCAAGUGAUUAGUACUGUUACAAAACGGACAAACACAUAAAAUGGAGCCAGUCACAAGUAUAAUGUUGCCUUCUUUCAACAAAGUGCGAUUAAUAAUAUGUUAAAUUAUGAUGAAAUUGUAUUGAGAAACUCAGUCUGUAAUCAUGCAAUACCAAACCAAAAUUAGGAAAAAACUAGUAUUUCAGGAGAAAGGAAUAUUAAUAAAGACAAUAUGUCUGUAGGGAAAUACUGAUAUUUUUUAAAAUCAUGUUUCCAGACUAGCUGUUUUAUCAGGUUUUACAUUUUGUAUGAAUUUUGUCAGAGUUUUUCUAUUUAUGAAACUGAAGCAGAUGUAAUAACAAUUUUGUACAGUCCUUAGACAUGAGUUUUCUGUGCCACAUGUAUGUAAAUAUAACCAGAGAUGUUUUGCAUUGGAAUUGUUAAUAGAAAUCUGGCCAAUUUGGACAGAAAAUAUUAGCCACAAAUUUAUUUACCAAUUGUGCACACCUAUAUAGUUGAUGAAAUGAUGUUGAAGGGCUAUGAAAGAAACAUUCAUUUCCAAAAUUAUAUAAAUGAAGUAAGAAAUAUUUUUUUCAGUGUAAAACAAAAUGUCAACGUACAGUUUGGAUAUAAAUUAAGUAUAUAAGGCAGCUAGAAACAGUACUAGUACAUUUGGCUAUACUACAGUGGUAACAGUAUCAUUGUAAUACAUAUUUUAUUCCUUAUCCUCCUCAGUAAGAAUCUCACUGCAACUCAGAGUAGUCAAAUCAAAUCAAAUCAAAUCUUGCAAUUGGGCACAAAAAACUUAAAACCCCAUGUAUAAAGUAAACAUUUGGUCAGUUGGGAUAUUUAGUGUGUAAUGAAUCAUCAUAAAUGUUUGCAAUUCACUUCCACUAUAUCAGUCUCAGUAGUUACGGUAGCAUACAGGGAGACCAUAGAGACUUAGUUCCAAAGAGAUCAUUGACACUAUUAAUUUAAUAAUUUUGGUGAUUUUUUGUAAAAAUACAAAUUUUAAUUUUUGAGAUUAUUCCUUUUAAUAUUUAUCAGAAAGAGUUUGUGACAUUUUUGUCUACUGUUGGAACUUCAGUUUGUCAUGAGUAAUUGUGGCUUGUGGGAGAAGGAGACAAACAAGAUAAAUUUAAUUAAUAACUAUUUGUCUCAUAUAGUGGGCAGCCUGACUGUGAUCUUAUGUGAUAUCCCACAUCCGUCUAGGCAAAUACUGAGGCGGUUCACAAUCUCCACUCAGAAAGAUUGCACAACUGUUAAAACAUGAAAAAGACACAACAGUUAUCUGAUUUACAGACAGAAUGGCAUUGUGUUAAAUCUUAGCAAAACAUGUUAGCAAGGUAACAUGAAGAGCUUCUUAUGGAGCAAUAACAAAUCCUAAAUUCACAGAAAUUAAAUUAAUGAUGUGAAUUGUGCACCGCUAAAGGCUGGAGAAACAUUGUUCAGUCCAAUAGCCUUUGUAGAAAUACAAGCUACAUCCUUACAAUGAGCUGUAAGACAAAAAUGCUGAAAAUAUGUUUUUCUGUCUAUUGAUCACCUCUGGUAUAUAGUAUAUGACAUAAAGGUUCACUAAACAAUCCAAACAAAUUUGGAUGACAUUUCAAACUGAAUUCUUUUGGGGGCUAAAGAGCAUGUUGUAGAUUUGUAUGCUGAAGCAGUAGUUGUGCAACUGAAGAGUUUUCAUUUUGUCGUUUCUGUUCUGAAAUUUAUAUUGCUAGUGUGUGGCAUAAGUUUUAUAGGGGGAAAAAAAAAACUCAAAACAGUUGUUUAGAGAUGCAGAGGUGAGUGAAUUUCCAUACAUUGUCACUGGGAAAUAGUCUGCUCCACAGAUAUUUUGACCAAAGGAGUAAAACCUUUUAAGUACCAGGACCAAGUGGGGCAGAUUGUCAGUCACAGUGUGACUAUGAUUUUAUACUUCCUAUUCAUCACAGACGUUGGACCCAAUAGAUUUUUUAGUGUCUUCUGUUCAGGAAAAUGUAAUUCCUUCCUUUCUGUCCAGUGCUUCAUGCCCUGCUAGUGCCUGGUACGGACUGGUAUUUUAUGUCUCCAAUCUCACAAAAAACCAAUGAUACCUUUAUAUAGGCUAUUAUUACUUAAUUAUAAGAGGGUCACCUCUCCCAAAGGCACCCCCCUCCCCUUCCUCCGUCAGGAGGAAUAGAUGUACCCCUUCUGCCUGCAUCUAUUGUUCACUUAAUGGUUAAAUGAGAGAUCAUUUUCCAAAGUUUUUAUGUAUUAUGUAUCUGAGGCAGGACAUGGGAACCAGCCCAGCAGUUUCCUUGGUAGAUGUGGAAAACCGCUUAAAAAUCACAUCCAGACUGGCUGGCACAUCAGCCUCCAUCAUUAAUCUGCAAGGUGAUUUGAUCCGGGGCCAGUACCCCUCCCAAUAUCCCAGAAGAAGGUGCUUUAACACAGUUUACUAUCCAGGCAUUGGGAAAAAAUGGGGCAAUGCAGUUCCAUUUCUAAUAAAGGUUCCGAUGUGAACAUACGGUUCUGGUAAACAACACGAGAACUGAUUGAUAACUAUGUUGACUAUAAUAGAAAUUAGUUACUGUUGCCACCAUAAGUCAUUGAAGAUAGGCUAAAUACUCUGAAUGAGAGCUGUUUAAGCCACCCAAUUAAAAAGAAAAAAGGAAAUUCCGCAACGUGGAUUGGAAUAUCAAAAUACAGUGAGAGGCACCAGCCUCAGUAUAGCAAGGUUAGUAUGACUAUUUAGUGUCAUUUAGUAUAUACCAACCAAUGUGGAACUGAAGGCAUAAAUAUAAGAUGUAUAGCAUACUGCAUAAUAUUAUAUUUUGUGCAAAACAGAAGUGAGCUUUGUUCACCUGAUGACAGUAUUAGAAACCCAGGAAAUUGAGUAAGAGAUAAAACGCAUCAGCUUUCAGUUUAAUUAAAACUGCUGAAACUGAGAUGUCCACUACCACUUUUCUGAACCAUAUCUACCAGUAAGUAUAUUUACAAUGCAUCACAAUGUUAGAUCUUUGACAAUGCAUUUUCAUGGAAAGAAUAAUAUACUUGAGAUGUUUACAAGCAAAAGUGCUUAUUUGUAAUGCUGUGUAUGCUGUUUUUAGCUCAUAUGCCUGUUGAAACAGGCAGAUAUUUUGCAAUCUUAAAAUAUGCAGAACAGUGAUUCGUAACACGUCUUAUGUAAUUGACCAUGAAAUAUUUUGCAAAAACAAAACAAAGAGCAUGUUUUGAAUCAUGUCUCUUUAGUUUAAAAAAUAAGUGAAAUGAGAGAGACUGGAAACUGGAACAUACCCCAUUAAAAUAAUUAUUAAGUAAUGUUAAGAAGUGCAUUGUAAAUGACUGGUUUGGUAUACAUUUUUAUGUACACCAAACCAGUCAUUUUUAUGUACAGAAAAUAAUCUUGUGUUACUUAAAUUUCAAGCUUUUUCCAUUGCUUCUCUACAUAAAUGUGUGCUGUGUUAUGCUGUUGUUCAUUUCCCCCUGUGACGAGGGGAACUACUUUAUGAGUUUCACACAGUGAUGCUGUUUUUGCUGUCUCUUUCUUUAUAAAAAUUGUUAUUUAUUUUUGUAAUUUUUAUGCAUAUAUGAAGUUUUUUUUCUGUCAUAUAUAUUCUGAGCUAAUGGAUGUAUCAUCUGUACUAUGUUUUCUAUUAUUUAUAUCUGCAAAAAUUUAACUUCUUUUGAUCUAGUAACUUGGGUUAAUAUUUGUUGAUCUAGUAACUUGGGUUGAUAUUAGUUAUGUCAGUAAUGCUUCAUUUCACCAUUAUGUUAUCUUCUUCUAAAUGAAAGAAAUAACCAGUUUUCUCUGUCCAAUCAAAUAACAGUUUUCUCUUCUGGAAUACAUGUCAGAUCAACACUUCGGACAAACCGUUUAGCCAUUCUCCUGCUUCCUGUUUGUGUUUAACUCAUGAAAACAAUUGAUGUUUUCAGUAAGAGUUGUGGGGUGUGAGCUUGCAGUAUUUACUUUAUGUUCCUUGCUAGAUUCACAUAUGUUACAUGAAAUCUUUUAACUAUAUACUGUAAAAAAAGUUGUGAAUUUUGCAAUUUUUUUAAUGUAAUGAACUGAAGUUCAGAUUGUGGUAAUCAUAUGUUGACAAAACUAAUUCGUGGCCUUCAGUGAGCUUAAUCAACAGUUUUGAUAAGAAUAAAUUACAGUCAUAAUUUAUAUUCAACAUAACUUUUAAAUGUAACUGAUCUUGACUACUCUGAGAUGCACUUCACUGAACCUUAGAAAAAACAUUUUUUCCUAUGAUUUUGUCAGAAAGCUGUCACAGAUGGCUGUUACAAUGUGUACUGUCCUCAUUAUGGAGUGUGCACCAGGUUUAUUCCUCGCAUUUUCUCAGUUAUUUAUUUCUUACUGACAUGUAAUGCAGUAUACCUCAUAUCCUUUUUUAUUAUUUUAUUUAUUGUGUACAUAUUUAAAGUGUAAAUGCAUUUAUAUGUUAGUUUCAGCUCACUUAAAUGUAAUAAACUGUUUUUAAUUAGGAAGUUCUUAGCUUCAUUGCACAUGUUAUAACUUCGUGCUGUGUGUGAGUUACUUUUUUUUAUGUAAAUGAUUCCCGUAUUGUUUGUAUGACCCUACAGAGAAUUAUAGUUUCAUUAUUUAGUUUAUGAUUUAAGUAUGUUACAGUAACUCAUGUAUUCUUUCUGAUCAGCUGUGCAGCUGAGAAAUAUUUUAGUAACUAAGGGCUAAGUUUGUCCACAGUGCAUGGAGUAUAAUGCAUCAUUUCUUUUCUUUGUUGCAAGGUAUUUACAGAGGACUUUUAUAUGCUGAAGAGAGAAAUGGAGCUGUGUAUUGUUAUAAUAUUGUGACUUUUUUUUUAAACUUGCUAAUGUUGAAUUAUAUACAGAAAUCAGAAUGAUUUAUGUUUCGUAUUGCUAACACAUUUAUUGAGAAGAGGCUCACAACUGCUAUGUGGUAUUAAAAUUAGCUUUUUCAUUUCCUCCAUUUCUUUUUCAAUUUUUUAAUAAUGAUUAGAACUGUAGCAAUGUAGAAUAAUGGCAAAUUUUAAUACCAUACAGCACCUGUUGCUAUCAGCAAUAAUGUAGCUGGUGCAAAGCCAAGCAGUGAGAGGCAGUUUUACUAUGUUGAACCCGAAACUAAAAUGACUGAAAGUAAUAAUCAUAACAGUUGUGCAACUGAGACAAUGGAAAAUAAAGGGUAAUUUUAAGAUUUUUGCUUUAUAAUGAAAGAGUUUCCUAUGAUAUUAUUUAUAGAUGUGUUUUAAAUUUUGUCAUGCUUAGUGUUGAUGUUUAGAGAAGUUUCAUCACAACAUUUGCAAAUAAUAGUGACUGCUUUAUUAAUUUUUGAGGCCAAUCCAAGACAUUGCUAGUAUUACUUCAAGUGUUUCACUAAGCUUGUGGGGAAGUAUAACAAGUACUCCUCUGGAGCUCUGCAGAUUUGAGGCAAAAUCUCUCUCUCUCUCUCUCUCUCUCUCUCUCUCUCUCUCUCUCUCUCUCUCUCUCCCCCCCCCCUCCUCCCUCUCCCUCCCUCUCUCUCAAGAAACACAAACAUUGUUUGUACUGGUACUAUAGUAUAUGUAUUUUAUACCAUUAAUCUUUUGACGUUGUAUUCAUAUCAUAAAAUGUCCUGGGAACAAAGAGGACAGGACAAGACAAGUUGCAGAGGUUGAAGUAAACAUUGUUUACAGUGUGAAGGAAAGAGACCAAUUUUCAUAAAGCUGCAGUGUGCAAACUUAUGGGGAAAAUAUUCUCAGAGGUGAGAUUUCAUGUUCAUCUUUGUAUUUUAGUUCUACUUCCACAUUUUAUGAUAUGUCUGAAGACAUAGAUUACUGGGUGUAGAUGACUGAAAGACUUACACAGCAGCAUUUACAUCGAAGCUGCCAUUGCAUCUGAUAAUGGGAUGCAUCAAAAAAAUGACUUAUGGAUGCCUUAAUUUGAAUAUGCAGCAUACAUAUGUAUUGACAGUCAUAAAUGCUUGCUGUUUCAAGAAUGUUGAGUGAAUUUUGUGGAGCAUCAUGUGCACUGUGUCGGUAAUGAUACUCGAGAGAGUGCUGGAGAUUGAGAGUGAAGAAGAGGAGAGAAAGAUAAAAAGGAGAAGUACAAAUGCCAGGGAACUCCACUGACAAAAAGAAAAACAAAGAAGACCAAUUUAAGGGUCAGAUGAAAGACAAAACUGAGCUGCAUAAUGGAUAUUAGGAAAGCAAAUUUAAGGAAACCACCAUGUUAUCUAUCCUCAAUUUUUGGUCCCUGAGCUGUUUCUCUUACACACUUCUUUCAUCCACCCAGUUCUUUUUCCCGCGGUCUUAGAGCCAUCCCUUUCAUUUAUUGUUUCCUGCACAGUGCUCUUGUUUUACCUCUUCUGUGGUAUUUUACUAUCAACUAAACUUUUCCCAUUGCCAGAAAAUGAUUAUUACAUAUUUUGGAUUUCACAAGAAUCACAUAUUAACGCUGUGAAAGAUAAUCAGUCAAGUCUUUUGGUAUUUGAUGUAGCAAAUUAAUGCAGUACCUUUUAAUCCUGUCCAGUAUAGCUGAUUGUCAGACCAAAAAAAAGAAACUUGGAGGAGGAUGGGCACCUGCAGUUCACAUCAAUUCAAAUUAUGAUGACAUUAUAGGCCUACUGUAAAUUGUUCUCUAGCCUUGAUAUGCUCUGAGACUAUAGACACUAUGGUAAAUUGUUUUCUAUAGUUUAAUGUCAAUGUGUGACAUACUUGACUUGACAAAUGUAAUCUAUCAAUUAAAGAAAUUUCCGAAUUUUCACACUGCCUAUUUGGAUAAGGGAUUUGUUUCCAAGUGCAGUUUAGCACACUCUUUCACCUUAAUGUUUCAUUUUAGUUGAGUAAUAGUAAAAGUGAUGUUCGCUAUUCCUUCUGACUGGUGCAUUUCUGGACAUCUAUUCAACAAGAGAAAACCACAAAAUAAAAAUAAAUUUUUUUUGUUUGUCCUUCAUUUACAUACUAGAAAGUUUGCUCUGCUUCUAUGUUCUUGCAUUGUGCCAAAAUAUAUGAAUGCACAUAAGAAAUAUGUGACUGCAGGCAGAAAAAUUAGAAAAAUUUGCAAGUUUUGUUGCAAAAUAUAAUUCCUUUACAUUUUGUGUAACAGAUAUUGUAUGAUAGAACAAAAGAUAAAGGCUUAAAUUUCCUAGCUGCCUGAAUGUAGCCUUUGAAUAUAAGGCCUCUACAUGUUUUGUGAAACCAGUAAUCAUAAUAACAGUUAUAAUUUUGUGUGGCUCCAAGGCCUGGUAAAAUCAGUGAAUUGCAUAAGAGAAUACUUUUUUAUGUUUGCACAUUGCGUCUUUUUUAAAAAAAGUUGGUUCUUCAUUUAUAUACCCAUUUGACCAGCAACCAUUUUAGCCACAUUUUUUCUGUGUGAAAAUAAUUAUAUUAGAUCGCAAUGGAAUUACAGUAUGAAAAAAGGAGGUCUGCUGCUGUUUGUGGCUAACUUUUUGUGUGAACUACAUAAGAACAAUAGAAGCACAU